AACACGCAUGCGCCAAGCCCACGCGGUUCCGGGUCCCAAGAUUUGGCUCCAAGAGCUAUUCGCAGAGAAACAGCCUCGCACAAAAAGCCACCGCCCCCGAAACCCGCGGGAAAUCUGUUUCCUGUGAGAGGCCUGGCCUCCAGGCAUUGGCGGUUUCCCUGAUCCUCUCUCCCAAAUUUUCCGGCAGGGGAUUGAUCGAGGCGACAUUUAGGACUGGGGUGGGCGAGGGAGUGGCGGUUCUCGUCCCAAGUUACAGGUGAGGACGUGCAGGCCAAGGCGUAGCCAAGAUCGCGCCGCCCUGUAGCUUGAGGAGGCGCCGGGAUUCGAACCAAGGCUGUGCCCAAUCCUAAGCCCUGCGAGGUCUUGUGGAACCGACAUGACCCACUCUUUGGUUUGUCCAGAGACAGUGAGCAGGGUGAGUUCAGUGCUGAAUCGCAACACUCGGCAGUUUGGAAAAAAACAUCUUUUCGACCAGGAUGAGGAGACAUGUUGGAACUCAGACCAGGGCCCCUCCCAGUGGGUGACGCUGGAGUUUCCCCAGCUCAUCCGUGUCUCCCAGCUGCAGAUCCAGUUUCAGGGUGGCUUCUCCAGUCGCCGGGGCUGCCUGGAAGGUUCACAGGGCACUCAGGCUCUCCGCAAGAUUGUAGAUUUCUACCCUGAGGACAACAACUCGCUUCAGAUAUCCUGCCCCUGCUUCUGGGCUGCUGAAGUGGACCGGCUGAAGGUGACGUUUGAGGAUGCCACUGACUUUUUUGGCCGUGUGAUCAUCUACCACCUGCGGGUGCUUGGGGAGAAGGGGACAAACAGGGACCCUUGCAGAGACCUGCAUUACAGAGCAAAGCUGGGAGAACCGAGGCCUCAUCCCAGGAACCUCAACUUCCCCUAAGUUUGUAAAAAUGCACUUUUGUAGCUUUUCAGAAUUAAUAUAAAAAUAUUUCCUACCAAGCAAAA